CUCUCCGAUGCCGGGCGACGCGCGGGUUACCUGGCUCUCAUCACCAUGGUUUUCCCGUUUUCGGCAUGGCAUCUUGACUCGCUCACCGGUUUGCUUGGUCUUCGAUGGCGCUCGGUUCGUCGUCUGCACGGCUUGACGGGCACGAUGGCUUCGUUGCUACUCUUAUUCCAUGCAAUCACUGCUCAGAUAUCUUCCACAACGUUCCCGAUGGAUACGUCUGAUAAUAGAGGGGCAGCGGCGUCAGCCAUCGGGGGUCUUGUCCUUUUCUCUGUCCCAACAAUCAAAGAUAACCUCUACGAAAUGUUCAUCCGCCUCCACCAAGGCAUGGCAAUAUUGUCCAUCUACGGUAUUUGGGAACACUUGGCUGCGCAGUCGGUCUUUGCGCGCCUGCUGCUCUACGUAUCGGUUGGCGCAUCUGCUCUGUCUCUACUAUUGCUAUCUGGCCUGGUUAUCUACCGCAACGGACUUCUAUUUCAUGGCUUCCCUCGGACAUCGAUCAGCAACUCCGGCGACGUGAUCAUUAUUGAAUUGAGACUGUCACGUCCUGUCGUCGUCGACGCCGGACAGUCUAUAAGUCUGUGGAUGCUCACUCCCUCGGCGAAGCUUCGAUCACUGUGGCAAACCCACCCCUUUGUGGUCGCGUCGUGGUCUGCCUCGCCUGCCGACACGCUUCAUUUGUUGGUCGAGCCUCGCUCGGGCUUGACCGAAAAACUCCUCCAGUUCAGUAAAAUGCAGAAGGUGCAGCAGACUUGCCCUGCCCUCUUUGGUGGUCCGCACGGCAUGAGCGUCCCCGUCACUGACUACGAUGUUGUCCUCAUGGUAGCCAGUGGUUACGGCAUCGCAGCGCAGCUACCCUACUUGAAAAAGCUCAUUUACGAAUUCAACAGUCGUAAGGCCCGUACUCGCCGCAUUCACCUGGUGUGGACGCUGGACACCAUUGAACUGGCCGUUGCUAUCAAGCACCUACUGGAUAGUGCACUGAGAGAGGAUACUCUAGAUGACGGAUAU